AUGGAGAACCCUUUAUUAGAGAUAUCACAAGCGAGCGAUGAUGACAUUGAAAUCUCGAUUCAGAAUCCCCAAGAAGAAGAAUAUUUAUCAAGUAAUGUAAAAGGUGAUGAAUUUGAUAAUUCGAAACCUCCACAUCAUGGAAAAGAGAUAUCGGAGUUGAUCGUCUCAUCAGAUUUAAGUUACGUAGUAACAUUCAGUCAGGAAGAUUCAUCAAUCGUAGGAUGGCCGAUUAAUGAACAAGAUUUUGGAGAGCUUACUUAUGAUGCUGAAUGUAAAUCGGAAGAGAUUACGGAUAUUUUACAAGUGUCAAAUAACAGAGAUGUUUUGUUACAAGUUUUUGACCAUAAUGCACUUCAAAAAACCUCUUACAAAAUCAUUGAAUUAAAUCCGAAUGGGAAUAAGAUUCACGCCGUUACGGGAAAUCCAAAAGUAGAUGAUGGAACUUUUGUGGCAGGAACAAAUAAUUUUUUUAUGAUAUUUAGAGAUAUUGCGUCAGCUUAUUUAUAUUCAAAUAAGAAAAAUCAUGGGUGGGAUAUUGAAGAAAUUUAUAACUUUGCAUUUCCAAAAGGGAUCAAUUGGGUUACAAGACGUGAUGCAUUAAAAGAAUCUCGUAAAAUUGGAUAUUUUUUAACGACAGAAAAAUUAUUUCUAACAUACGGAGGAUGUGGUAUUUUAACACAAUGGGAUAUAGCGACAAUGACUUUUGAGAAACAAUAUUUUCUCGACGUCGAAUUUGAUAAUUUACAUCCAUCAACCGCUACAGAUAUAUCCUUACAAAAUAAUCCCAUUAAAAUUGAACAACAAAUUUUAUUUAACGAUUCAAAAACUUUAAUGGCGAUUUAUGGAUUCAAUACUUAUAAUAUCGAACAUCAAAUUGUGAUUUAUUCUACACGUUCAUGUAUUCGUUACGCGUCAUUCAUGAUGGAUUAUGAAGCGAACUCUGUGUUGAGAUUAAAUUUCAUUGGAACGAAUAAAUUUGACGAAGGUUUAUUGGCAAGAGAACGAGGAUUUUUAUUCGUUGAACCUUCUUAUUACUUGAAUGAAUUUAAUGGUGAAGUUACUCAAAUCAAUAUCGAACAACUUUUCACAUAUCCACCGGAUAAUUCAGAUGUUGAAGUUAUUCUUAGUAGAGAUUAUGAUAAUAGAGUGAUUUGUUGCUCACACGGAAAAUUGAUUCAUUAUAAUAUUAAUAAAGAUCAAUUAUGGAAAUUUCAAGAAAAGUUGAACCGUCGAGACGAUUCUCAACUAUCACCCAUUGUCGUUUUAAAAAUUGUUUUAGAAUUAUUUAAUCAAAUUGAGAAAAGACAAUAUUCUUUCACAGAAAAGUCUUUUGAAUUGCGCAAUAUCAAAAUCCACUGGAAAGUCAUUCAUUAUUCAGGAAGUGGAAGAACGCAACUUGUUGUUUAUAAAAGAAAGCGAAAAAUUGACGAGUACAGAUUUUUUGAAUCAAGAACUGGAUAUGUAUACGCUUGCAAACCAAUCUAUAAUGGUGAUCUAAUAAUGAUCACAAAGCAAGGAAUUAUGAUAUUUACAAUUCAUACAAAUAACAAUAAAAUACAGAUGCGCUACUUUUGGGAUAAUGAUGAUUGGCACAAUUUAUGGAAAGUAUCGAGACAAUUGUCAGGCGUUUAUAACCUUGAAGACGAACAAGAACCAUUUUUUGGAGCAACAGCUAAAAAGGAAUUGACAGAUAAAGAAAUCCUUCCUCCAUUGAAUAUUGAAAGAAUUUUUGAUGAAUAUGAAAUAAGCUAUAUUUCAGAACAUACGAGAAGAUUUCCGUUUAAGGAGGUCCUUUAUAACUAUUUAAGUGACGUUGUAACUUUUGCAGAAAUAGGAGAAGGAAUUUUUAAAAUGGCAAUUGAAAUGAAUAAAGGAAACAUUGUGGAUCUCAUUUAUGAUUUAGUUAUGGAUAAUCUUAGAAAAGAUUCAGACCAAUAUAUGGGAUUGUUGAGUGUAAUUUCAUCAUUUCUAUCUCAAUUACAGGUAGAUUAUCCUGAAGUUGUAAGGAGUUAUAUAUCGCAUACUUCUUUAAUAUUGGAUCAUAAUUGUGUCGAAAUUCUUGUUUCCGAUAUUCCUCCCUUCCAUGGGUUUACCAGAGAUCAACAUGUUUUCAAGAACAAUUUUUUUCCCAUAUAUUUUAAAAUUUACAAUUUUUAUGGAAGAUUUCGUAAUAUAACUAGAAUAUUUUUUAGGAAAAGGAGAAUUCAAAAAGUUCAAAAUUAUGGUAAAUCUUCAAUAGUUUUGGUUGUUCCAUUACCAAAAUUUGCUUGUUACAAUACAGAAUAUAGUUUUCUAAAAGACCUUAUUAGACCAGAAACAAAUGGAUUUAUUGAAAUCGUUUCAUUAGAUUUAGGAGCUGAAUUUGAAGAUGACGCAUCUUCAAGAGAAGAAGAUAAAUAUAAUUUUACAAACUCUAAAUCAAAAGACUGGUGGCAAAAUAUUCUUCCACUUUAUGAUCCUAUUCGAUUCAAUAUACUUUUGCAUUAUUUUCAACAAUUAGCUAACCUUAUAUGCCCUCAUCCUGUAUUUUUGUCUCAAGAAAAUAAACCUCAAAUUUGUGUUGAACUUCAAUUAGCUCCUACUUUGAAAGAACAUAAAAAAGUUCACAAAGGAUUUGAAGAUUUAGGAGGGUUAAAAAAUGUAAUUGAAGCAGUUGAUGAAACACAUAUUUUUAUGAAAAAUGCUUCAAACAAAGAUCCAGAAGUUUAUUUUAUUUGA